GUCAACGUUUGCUGUGUUCUGAAAUCGGUAAAUUACUCGGCCUCACAUAUGCUAUAAAAACCCGCGCAUUUUCACUUACCUUGGUACAAUCAUCAUCUCCUUUUACCUUGUAAAAUCAAUCAAUUAUUAUAAAAUGCCUUACAACGUCACUCCCAUUCCCGACGUCGAUGAUGACCAGAAGCUACAGCAAUACAUCCAGGAUAGACGUGUCAUUGGCUAUGACCCUCUCGUCCAACCUGCUUUGCUCAGGCAUGAAGUUCAGCCAACAGCUGCUUCACAGCUCACAAUCGCAGCUGCCCGUUACAAUGCUGCUCGCAUUGUAGCAGGUCAGGAUGACCGCGUCCUCGUCAUCGUCGGUCCCUGCUCCAUUCACUGCGCAUCCCAAGCCAUUGAGUAUGCAAACCUGCUCAAAUCUAAAAUGGCUUCCUGGGAUAAUCUCCUCAUCGUGAUGCGCGCAUACUUUGAGAAACCAAGAACUACUGUCGGAUGGAAAGGUCUCAUCAACGAUCCCGAUAUCGAUGGUUCUUUCAAGAUUAACAAGGGUCUUCGAGUAGCAAGGCAGCUUCUCUGCGACCUUACCGAUAUCGGUGUUCCCGUCGGUUCCGAGCUACUCGAUACCAUCUCGCCUCAAUACAUCGCAGACCUCAUCUCUUGGGGAGCGAUUGGAGCCCGAACAACGGAAUCCCAACUCCACCGCGAACUCGCUUCCGGUGUUUCUUUUCCUAUAGGGUUCAAGAACGGCACUGAUGGAAGUGUCAACGUCGCCAUCGAUGCGAUGCGCUCAGCCUCAAACCCCCACGCCUUCAUGGGCGUCACAGAGCAAGGUCUUGCCGCUAUCGUCAAGACCCGUGGAAACAAUGAUGUACAUGUCAUCCUCCGUGGUGGUACAAAGGGUCCCAACUUCGCAUCCGAACACGUUCGCGCGGGUGCCAAGUCAAUCGAGAAGGCUCGCCCAACAAAUCAUGCCAGCAUCAUGGUAGACUGCAGUCACGGCAACUCGCAGAAGAACCACAACAACCAACCCAAAGUAGUCGAUGACAUCUGCUCACAGCUCGCCGCCGGUGACAGGAACCUCACCGGCGUCAUGAUUGAGUCCCACAUCAACUCAGGCCGCCAAGAUGUUCCCGCUGAAGGCCCCGCUGCCCUGAAACACGGUGUUUCAAUCACCGACGCAUGUGUCGACUGGGAGUGCACUGUUGGGAUGUUGGACAAGCUUAACGCAGCUGUCAAGGCACGUCGUGAUUUCCUCUUCGAGCAGGGUCUGCAACGGCCAGCUGGCUUCCAACGUGGCACACCUCCCUCGCCGUGAACCUGGGUUCAUAUUGUAACUCCGUGGAUGCUUUGUUACAUGUACGCCAUGUAUGUGUUGUAUUCUAGUCUUCUUCCAACCGUCCAUAGUAUUUAGAUCGUUAGAAGGAGGAGAGGAGGAGGGGGGAUCCUUGCUGUAUUCCUUUAGUUAGUCCAAC